AAGCUGAUUUUCUAUUCCUCGCGCGUAGAAUACAACCAACGUCUCCUCAGCCUUUGUGUGGGAGCUCACGAGCUCUACGUUCGGCGGCGUCAACCGGAGUCUAUUGAAUUGCAACAUAUGAGAGCCCAGGCUAACGCGGAACGCGAAGUAAAGUCAUUCGAACGGGACAGACUCUUGAACGCACUACACGCCCAAGAAGUUGCUGAGCUGCAACUUAAGCAACUCUCAGCCCGUCUCGAAGAGGAUGCAAACGAACGGGAGCGUACGAAAAAAACUGCAGAAGAAUUGGCCAAACGCGUUGGGGAACUGGAGGCACAAUUGGCCGAAGAGGCCGAGUUACGUCGACAGUUAGAGGAUGCGCGUAAACGUAUGGAGCUGAACAAUAAAGAAUUGGAAACGAGUUCCCAACAAUCCAAGGAGAAGCGAAACCAAUUGCUUCUUGAACAGUCAGUCAUUCAGGAAGAAAUCAACGAACUAAGUCACUCGGUAAAGGAUUCCUCAAUGCGCCUUGAAGCCAAACGUGCUCAACUGGCUAAAAUGAACACGGCCUCAAACGGACAACCGAUUCCCAUUGGUCUUAAAGAGUCUAUAAAUACCGGUCAAGGAGAUAAACGCUUCGCAUCAAAACCUUCGAAAUCUCGACCGAAAUCGGAACAAAUUUUAAGCAAACCCACUCCAAUCACCAUAGAUUUUACUUCUGUGGGUAGUACCCCUUCCAGCGGAAGUCAACGUGAGUCCAUGAUCAAUGGACCGAAACAAAUCACAGAUAAAACGGAAUCAAUCCUCAUACCCCCAAAGUCCCUCCCUGAAAAACCUCACACUGAAAAUCAGAAGAACUCCAAACCAAAGUUAACCCUAAGUCCAAACACAACACACAAACCUCCCCAAUCGGAUGAUUUUUCCCUUGAUUCUAAUCGCGAAGAGUCAUCUGAUUUGACUCACUCUAUUUCGUCGACAAGAAUGUCCUCUCAGUCGUCAUCACCGAUCAACUUAUCUUCAAAUACUUCAAAUUUAUUACCUAUGCAGACAGAAUCUCAGCCAUGUGGAUCACCCAAACUGGUCGAACGAUCUAAUGGAGGCACGAAGCUUCCGUCAGUUGACAAUGUUACGCUACGGUCGACAGUCCAAAACGGAAAUGUUUCCAGGAGUAAACCGAAUAGCUCAACAUCGGGAGACUGCGAAGAACUGCGCUUUGAUUUGAACUACAUCUAUACAGUUCAUCCUGACACAGUGUUACAGCGCAUGAGUAUGCAUCAGAUCAGUGAAGAUAAUCGUCUAUUUUCAAUCGAUUUAAGUCCUGCAGGUCAGAAUCUGGCUGCCCCCGCUGUAUUCAGUCGACAUAGUAUGUACACAAAAGCUUAUUCCCAUACGGGUUCAUCUGAGCUGGAACCGGAUGAAGUCGAUCGUCGGCACUCAUUUUACUUUGAUGAAUCCACUCAUCGUCGUCCUACCCUAAGGCGCAUUCGUCAAGGUAAUACAAAACGACGUAUAGAAGAAUUCGAAUCUAUGUAA